UUUUGUAAUUGCUAAACAACUUUUUACCGGUUUUUAAUAAUAUUUCGACAUGGGUUGCUCUGCGUCUAAACAACAAAAACAAACAAAAAAGUCUGCGGAUCUUUCACCGAACGGGUCGUCUAAAAGUUAUGACAAUCAAGUUGUGACGGAUUUGAAAAAUAAUAAAUUUAAUGAAACACAACCAGAAAGUACAAUUGAAAAAACUUCUCAGUCGACUCAUGAUGACAAGCAAGGUGAGGAAAAGACAUUUGAAUCUGGUACUGUAAAUGACAGUGCUAAUAAGAAAACAAGCAUUAAUUCAUCACUUUCUGUUGAAGAAAAGACGCAAGAGUUUAUAGAACCAAAAAAUACCGUAAGUGUUACAGAAGCAGAAAUCAAGGCAACAGUAGAGGUUGAACCUGAAACUUUUCAAGAAUCUACCCCGUCCACGAGCCACACACAGGUUGUCAAAGACUAUGAAGGUAUGGAAGAUAAAAACUCGUUAAAAUCACUCGAACCGGAGGUUGUUACAAAUGACGAGCAAACAACUGUCAAUGAAAUAUCGCGUUUAUGUUCGAAUGAAUCAUUACCUUUGCAACACCAGACACAUGAGAAAUGGAAUGCUUCAACCGAAGAAACAACUAUUGAAAAUGACAUUCAAUUAGUUUCAACCGGAAAUAUUAAUGAAAGAAAUACUAUGAUUCCAGGAUCUGAUGAUGAUACAGUUGCUUCAGAUAUCGCAGAGCCAGAAGUCGGUGUUGAGACUUCGAACUACGGCGAAUCUGUCGCUGCAAAGGACAAAUGUUACAAUAUUUUUUACAAUAUUUGUAAAUUACCACCGUUAGCAUUCGACAACGAAUACUUUCCAACAAACUGGGCUUUCCAAUAUUGUCGGUCUUGCCCAGUACAAAUGCAAAAAAAAAGCAAUAAGGAUGAUUUAACUAUAUAGUUUCAAAAGAUCUUUGAACUCUUUACUGUCAUAAAUUUUCAAUUUAUUUCUUUUAAACCAUUACUAAAUAUUUCAAAGGUUAUUGUGAAUCUUCAACAUUUUAUUUUUCUUGUAGCUUAAUCGUAUUUGCACCCCUUAGCUUUUUAAGUAUCCUUUUUUCCAGAAAUAUGCAAAAUUUUCUGUAAUAUGUUUUAAAAUUUUAUGAAUAUAUAAGUCUAAGAUCGUUUAUAUUAAAAUUUAUGGUUGCAUUUUUAUCGAAAUGUAUUUUUUUAUUUUUGUAUAAUAUGCGUAACUUGUUUUUUAAACGAAUAAAAUUUUUUAAUUAAUUUGUAAUA